CCUACCCCUUCCGUCCCAACUCCCAACCCCAUUACCCCAUUCCGCCCUACCCCUCGAAGCAGGAGAAAGGAAGGAGAGGCGGCGGGAGGGAAGUCGCACGUCGUCGUCGGGGUCGGCGGCGCACGUCGGAGGCGGAGGCGGAGGCGGCGCCCUCCCUCCCUCCCUCCCUGUGUCUUCCCCCACUCCUCCCAAAACCCGACGGCCGGCGGCGCGGCGGAGGGCUGCGGCUGAAGGAGUCUGAGAGGGCGGCGCACGGCGGGUAACCACGACCGAAGCAUGGAAGCUGGAGGGGUUAGGAGGAGGCGGAGCCCCAUGGAGAUAGCAGCUUUUUUUACACCGGCGACCGCAGCGGCAGAGGCGGUUGUCGCGAUCACUAGGAACUGGGUUUUUUACUUCUGCAUGCGUACCAUUGUCUUCGCUGGAGGGUUGCUUGCGCUUUUUAUUGGCUAUGUUAUGGCUGCCUAUUCCAAGACCUGGCUUGAUAGCCUGUCGUUACUGCCCCUUCUAUUUGCAGCUGUCAUCCUACCUGUGUAUGCUGCAGUGGCUAUCCAGGAUGCACGACGCUUGGAGAGAGAGAGGGUGGUUUGGAUAGUGCGCAAGGCACUCGAGAUUGAGGGCCUGUAAGAGCGGCCUGUCUUGGUUUAGAGAGAAAGAACAAAGAUUAGACACACAGAACAACGAGUUUUUUUCCAUGUUGUUUCUUGGACAGCGUGAUCAGUGACACUUUAGCUUGUAGGGAAGUAGACUGAGGUUGGCAGGAAAUUACUCCACUAGAACACUGGGGGACAAGAUGGAACUUACAGGGUUUUCUUGCUGUGACUUGUACAGCAUGUAAUGUACCAAAUGAUGCUCGGAUGAUCCAUGGUGGGUCUGAGAUAGUUCAGUGCAAACUGCAAAGACCAUAACCUGCUGAUAAUAAGCAUUGUGAAAAUGGAUCUUGUUGUCGA